AUGCCACCCUUCGUCCCCCGCAAGCGCCAUCUCUCGGCGGACCCGCCCCCAGCCAAGCGCCAGGUCCAAGCGAAACCAGCCACGCCAGCUGCCGUCGUGGAUGUCUCCGACUCCGAUUCCGAUUCCGACUUGUCUUCGUUGAGUGAUGUGCCUGAGAGUGGUCUCGACACGCCACAGGGUCUUCAAGGACCCAAGUCCGGCAACAGCAACAGCCAUGCGAAGCUCAAGGAUGACGGCGACGACGAUGACGAUGACGAUGACGAAGAAAAGGAGGAGGAGGAGGAGGAGGAUGAAGAUGAAGAUAUCGACUGGGAAGAUGCCAUCGAUCCCAACUCCACCAGUACAACCACGCCUAACGUGACAGGGCCUCAGCCGGAAUUACAGGAUCUGGAAUUGACCUUGGACCAGAAUGAGCAACGAGAGGCGCCCGAGCUUGCGAAUGAGAAAAAGGGCCCUAGCAAGAUUGAACGCCAGAUUCGUGUCCAGUCGCAUUGCAUGCAUGUUCAGUGUUUACUGUUCCACAACGCCAUUCGAAAUGCCUGGAUCAACGAUGAAAAGGUCCAUGAGAUUCUACGCAAGAAAUUGCCCGAGGGUAUUAAUAAGGAGAUCAAAAGAUUCAGGGUCGCGUCCGGACUAGAGCUUCCAGAGCCAAAGCCUCAGCCGCCCAAAGGAAGCAAGAAGAAGAAAAUUGGGAAACAGGCGCGCAAGAACAAGGACUGGAGCGAGGAUUCUCAGCGUUUGGAACCGGGCCAGCCAGACAUGAGCCGCGGAGACCCCAUCAUCGGCCUGCUGAAGGUUCUGGUCGCGUACUGGAGGAAACAGUACCGCAUCACCGCACCCGGUCUACGGAAACAUGGGUAUCGUCCGAUCGCAGCGGUGGAAGCCACAGUCAAGGACUUUCGCAAUGAAGAGCAUGACCCCGAAAAGCAUGGCGAGCGCAUCGCAAAUAAGGAGGAGUUUCGGACUGCAGCAGAGCGAAUGCAGGGAUCUCGCGACUUGGGAGCCCAACUCUUCACCGCGCUCAUUCGAGCGCUGAAAAUUGAAGCAAGAUUGGUGGGCAGUCUACAGCCGCUAGGCUUUGGCUGGACCAAAGCCGAAACAUACACGGGGCCUUCGAAAACCAGCGCCAAGUCAGUAGUCAUGCCCGCGGAGAAGGACUCUGAAGAUUCACCAGGAGACUCGGCGGAUGAUGAAGUAGAUCGCCCAACAACGAGGAAUCGUCAACCGCAGUACGACAGAGAUAUGCCAUUUCCCAUCUACUGGACAGAAGUCGCCUCUCCAGUCACCCACGAAGUUAUUCCCGUCGAUCCGCUGAUUCUCUCCAAUGCAGUAGCGACGACACCCGAAUUACAGGCUGCAUUUGAGCCGCGCGGGGUCAAAGCGGAUCGGUCCAAGCAAGUCAUUUGCUACGUGGUUGCGCACUCGGCCGACGGCUCGGCCAAGGACGUAACAACGCGAUAUCUCAAAAGGCACACCUGGCCGGGUAAGACAAAGGGAUUCCGAAUGCCUGUCGAAAAGAUUCCUCUACCCGGUCGUCGUCGAGGUCAGUAUCAUGAAUUCGACUGGUUUCGAGUGGUCAUGCGUCCCUAUGCAAGACCGGCGAAUAAGAGAACCGAAGUCGAUGAAAUUGAGGAUAAGAAAGAUCUACUGCGCAAGCAGCCAGAGAAGAAAAAGGCCGACCAGACAACAGACACUUUGCAGAGUCUUCGCCAGUCCCCCGAAUUUACACUCGAACGGUUUCUCCGCCGCGAGGAAGCUCUUGUCCCUGGAGCAGAACCCGUGAGAAUGUUCACGUCUGGCAAGGGAGCCAAAGCUAAACAGGAGCCCGUGUAUCGCAGAGCAGACGUGGUCAAAUGCAUGUCCGCCGAAAGCUGGCACAAGGAAGGUCGACAAAUUCUUCCUGGAGCCGUGCCGCUAAAAAGAGUACCGAUUCGAUCCGUCACCCUUCGUCGCAAACGUGAGGUGGAUGAAUUACAACGCGAGACAGGCGAAAAGCCGACGCAGGGUCUAUACUCUCGCAACCAGACAGAAUUUAUCGUUCCACCUCCCAUUGUGGACGGUCGUAUCCCAAAGAACGACUACGGCAAUAUCGAUUGUUUCGUGCCGACUAUGGUCCCCAGAGGCGCAUCUCAUGUGCCCCUGCCAGGUACAGUGCGCAUAUGCAAAAAGCUAGGCAUCGACUACGCCGAAGCCGUCACGGGCUUCGAAUUUGGUUCGAAAAUGGCAGUUCCCGUCAUCCAGGGCGUCGUGAUCGCCGCCGAGAAUGAAGAUCUUCUCCGUGAUGCAUGGCGAAUUGACGCCGAGGAAAAACGUAAGCGAGAAGAACUAAAAGCCGAGAAGCGCAUUCUUCAAACGUGGCGGAAAUUCCUCUUUGGUCUACGUAUCAAAGAGCGUGUCCAGGAAGAGUACGGUGCUUUUGACGCAACCCACGACCGUGAGCGUGAUUCAUAUAACCCCUUCGCGGCAAGAAAAAGGGGUCACGACACACCUGAGUUCGAUCCGGAUGUUGAUUUCCCGGAUCACGAUGAGGAGUUUGAACAUGAAGAUACCCAUGACCCGCUCGAUCAUGGCGGUGGGUUCUUGUUACCUGGCGAAGAAGCCGAUGCGGGUGCAGAUGAUGAUUUGAUUGUUGAGCAUCAUCAAGAGAAUCGGAAACGCGCGACCCCUGUUGUAAUCGACAGCGAGGAUGAUGACCUAUCGAUAUUGAGUAGUGAAAAGGAGGAGGAUGAGGGAGAGGAUGAAGACGGCGCCAAUGCUGAGGAGGAGGGGGAGGAGGAGGAGGAGGACGAGGACGAGGACAUCGCCGAGGAAGAUUCAGGCUCAGACUAUGUCCCUGGAAAAAGAAAAUAA